AUGAUCUCAUCACAUAAAAAGCCAACUCACUCGCCUGCUAGCCUCCUAACCCUCUCCAUUCCGGCUCUAGUUUUUAUCCACCUUCUAGUAGCCCCUUAUACCAAAGUAGAGGAGUCCUUCAACAUCCAAGCCGCCCAUGACCUCAUCGUUUAUGGCACACCGACCCGUGAUGUCCAUGCCCGGCUCUCAUCCACCUACGACCACUUCACCUUUCCUGGGGCUGUACCACGCACCUUCGUGGGCGCUAUCUUGCUGGCCGGGUUUGCUCAGCCUCUCCUAGGGAUUGUCGGCUUCCAGCAUACGCAGUUUGUGGUGAGGGCCCUGUUGGGGAUGUUCAAUGCUGCCGGGCUGCUGGGGUUUGCAAGAGGAUUGAAAAGGGCGUAUGGGGCCGGCGUCGCAAGAUGGUAUCUGCUUUUACAAGCAAGCCAGUUUCAUGUGAUCUUCUAUGCGUCCAGAACGCUGCCGAAUAUGUUUGCUUUUGGGCUGACAACACUCGCUUUCACCUCCCUCCUACCAACCCCUGCCAAUCCUAGGCUCAGUCUUCCCCGUCAACGGCGGGCAAUUGUUCUCCUCGUCUUUGCGGCAGUUAUUUUCCGUUCGGAAGUCGCCCUCCUGCUCAUCACAACAGUCCUGCACCAGCUGAUUCUCCCCACACUCUCCCUGGAGCGUGUUUUUUUCCCCUUCACUGUCGCCUUCAUAAUGUCCUUGGCCAUCUCGAUUCCCAUCGAUACUUACUUCUGGCAGCGGUUCCCAUUCAUCUGGCCCGAGCUGUCGGCCUUCAUCUAUAACGUCUUCCACGGUAACGCCUCCAACUGGGGCAUUUCCCCCUGGCACUGGUAUUUCACCUCUGCUCUCCCACGACUGCUGCUCAACCCCCUAAGCUACAUGCUCUUGAUCCCUUACGCAGCACGGCAUCCAGCACUAAAGUCCGCCGCUCAGCACUUGAUCAUUCCCCCGCUCCUCUUCAUAGCGAUAUAUUCCCUCCAACCCCACAAGGAAACCCGCUUCAUCUUUUACGCCGUCCCUCCUCUCACAGCAGCAGCUGCAUUGGCAGCCAACCGACUCUGGAUCAACCACUGCAAGUCCAUCCCCUCCGCUAUCCUGUCCAUCGCCCUUCUCGCCUCAGUCGCGGCAACCUUCGUCGCCAGCACCGGCAUGCUCGCUAUCUCAGCACUGAACUACCCGGGCGGCGAGGCUAUCAGCUACCUCCGCUCGGCUAUCCUCCCCAACAGCAGCCAUUCUACUGGGGGUUCAAAAGGGGUCGUGUCCAUCCACGCCGACGUCCUAACGUGCAUGACAGGCCUAACCCUCUUUACCUCGGCCACGGCGCACACUUUGUCUCAACACCGGCAGCACCUCUCCCUUUCUCACGAAAGCCCUACCAGGAAAGUCAAGACCAUCUCAUCUACUCCCAACUCCAAGUCAGAUUCGAACCUCCCCCGUUUGCUAGUCGACAAAACCGAGUCCGAGUCCGAUUUAUCCCGUCCCGAAUUCUGGCGCCAAUUCGACUACGUCCUAACCUCCACCCCCCAGCUCCUCCAACAACGCCUCUUCCUCCAACCUCCCGACCCCAGAAAAGGGGAUACCACGCGCUGGGAGGCGGUUGCUGUUGUCAAGGGGUUUGCGGGAGUUGAGAUUGUCAGACCCGGACGGGGCGACCCCCUUCCUGAUGAAAGGGAAGGUGUGAAGGUUGUUGGACGGGGUGCAAUGGUAGAGGGAUUGAAGAGGCAGGUGAUGAAGAUCACAGGGGGUUGGUGGGUUGGGCCGAGGAUGAGGGAGAGGGUUUGGAUUUUGAGGAGGGUUAGGGGGGGCUGGGAGGGAGAGAGGAGGGAGGCGAGGUUUGUUUGA